AUGAAAUACUUAGUCACAAUAUGUAUUCUCAUGCCUAUCAUGUGGAUUGACCUUCUGAUAAUUCCAACAAAAAGCGCUGAAUCGUGUCAUGGUGCAGUUGCUCAACAUAAAAAUGAGUUUAUCGUUGAUGCAGAAAAUAACACAUGGCAGAUUCACCAGAAUGGAAAAUUUUAUAAAUUCAAUGGCGACAAGUGUAAGUCCGAAAUCACCAAAUUAGUGUACUGGAACCACAUUGUCUACCGUCUUCUUGGAUCCGCAGAUUGGCAAAAAUGGAUCAAUGAUGACUGGAAAAGAGAAACAUAUCAUCCUUUAAAGAGAAAACUAAAAUCUUUAAAAGGAUGUGAAUCUCCGUUAGAGUCAGAAAAAACGACAACUACAAAAUCCACAACAACAGCAUUUAAAAUAGUACCCGCAACAACAUCACCACUCACAACAGCGAAACCCCCCGCAACAACAUCACCACUCACAACAACAUCACCCCCCACAACAGCGAAACCCCCCACAACAACAUCACCACUCACAACGUCACAUGUAUCAACAAUUGAACAAUCGUUAACUACGAUGAAUACACCAUCAGGAUCCCGUUCUGUAAACGAAUCUUCAUUGAAUUAUUUUCUUCCUGAAAAUUGUAAUAAUUCAAAAUACAUUGGUGAUUAUUGUAAUAUUUCAACAAAUCCUUGUGAUAUCAAUCCAUGUCAAAAUAUGGGCAAUUGUACAAUUCAUCCACAAUUUCCACAUGUUUCGCAAUGCAAAUGUUUACCAGACUUCACCGGCACUCUUUGUGAAAGAAAUAUUCGUCCGUGCAAGUUGAACAUAUGUUUAUAUCAAGGUAUUUGCAUAGAAUUAAAUGAAACAAGUUUUAAAUGUAAUUGUACUGAAGGACAUACAGGGAUUCAUUGUGAACACACGAUCAAUUUCUGCGAAAAUGUGACAUGUUUGAACAAAGGCGUUUGUCGAUCAAUAUUUCUUAAUUAUAAAUGCGAAUGUUUAUAUGGCACAUCGGGAAAACAUUGUGAAAAUACGGAAUUUAGUAUUGUUCUUCGUCAGAAUAUCGCCAAGAGUCUUGCAUACAUUGCUAUCAUCGCUAUCUCGAUCGUUAUUACUUUUAUUCUUAGCCUUGAUAUAUUGAAAUAUGUAUUUGGGAUAGAUGUCACUCAAAAAGAACGUGAAGAAAUUCGACGUGAAAUAAUUUCAAAGAAAAAAUGUAUUCGAAAGACAAACAAGAAGAUGUUUCAUCCUAAACAACGUAUGAACAAAAUAAUUCCUCUACGUCAAUUUCCAUAG